AUGCAAACGCAACCCGCACAACCGAUUCGAACUGCCACCGCAACACCCACAAAAAAGAAGAAAAAACACGUGCCUUCACACCCUGCAAAGCACGUGGGGGGUGUACAGAACCCGGUGAAGGUGGCCCGUCAUGAGAGGGAAGGCGCAAACACGCCCACGGAGCAAAGAGGCGUCACCGGCAAGUCGCACCGAAUUCAUGCGCCUCACACGUGCGGUGGGCAUGAGCACACAAAGUCCUCCUCCGGGGACUCAGACGAGAUACGCAGCCCCGCCCGGCCCCCCGCACCACAGCCGGACGCAUACCGGCAGGGCCCACACACAACUCCCGCGGUGCCCGAGCCGCACAACCCGUAA